AUGUCUGGACUUAACGCAUCACUUGGGUACUUUCUGUCGGUGGUGAUUUCCGCGGUCUUGGUCCAAACGCUAUUCAGAAAAUGGCCUCGGUUUAGCUUUGUGUCCGAGUUCGCCGCCUCCUUCAUGCUGGUGGCCUGCUGGCUGGAGAUACAGACCAUCGUGGAGGUGGGCCAGUGGGCCGGGGGCCUGGGCCAGGACGUGACCGUGACCAUGCUGUUUGUGUUGCUGCUAACUCACGGCGUGCUCUGCGCCGGAACGUCGGGGAAUCCCAGCCUGGUCGUGCAGAAGUUCCUGCAGCUGGAGGCCGGCGCUCUGCCCACGGCGCUCGCUGUCACGGCCCAGUUCGCCGGGGCUCACCUGGGCCUGCUGGCAGCCAGGUACUACUGGAGCCUGGAGUUGACCGACAUGCACAUGAUCAAAAACCUCAUGUCGAGAGAAUGCAGCACGUCCCUGCUGGUCUCCGUGGCUCAAGGCUUUUUUACAGAGUGUGCCUGCGCGCUCCUCUUUCAUCUCAUCCAGUUAAAUCUGAGACGCAGAUCGGCUCUGAUCCGGGUACCCCUGAUCGCAGUUCUACUCACUUUCUUCUCUCAUGUCGCCAGGAGCUACACCUCUGCUUUCAUGAACCCAUCUCUGGCUUAUGGACUCACCUUCCACUGUCCUGGAUUUACCUUCAAAGAGUAUGCAGUGGUCUACUGGCUGAGCUCUCUCACAGGAAUGAUGUUGGCUCUUCUCCUUUACAUGGGUCACAUUCCCAAGCUUUUUGCCAAGAACCUUCUGUAUUUCCAGAAGACACGCUUCAGAGUGCCGAAAGGAGACAAACCGGAAAAGAAGAAAAAGUGACAGAUGGUAAUAGAAAAAAAAGACUAUUACAAGAAAUGGUCAAUGCUAAUAAGAGGUUUACUUUAACUGAACAGCAAAGGAUGCAUUAUGUGAAAUAUUUGGAAAAAAUGUAAAAACAAUAAAUGUAGCUUCAACUUUGUUUAUAUUUAGACAAAAAAAAAACUUGUGGAAAAAAUGCGCAAUUUGCAGCAUGUAUUCAGUGAAAUAAAUUAAAAAAUAUAUAUAUAUUAGCCACUGUAUUUAUCCAAAGUAUGCUUUCUAUUU